GUGAAUCUCUGACGAUGCCUGAACCAGCGAAGACAGCGCCCAAGAAGGGCUCCAAGAAAGCCGUGGCCAAGACCGCCGGCAAGGGCGGAAAGAAGAGGAGAAAGACCAGGAAGGAGAGCUACGCCAUCUACGUGUACAAGGUGCUGAAGCAGGUCCACCCCGACACCGGAAUCUCCUCUAAGGCCAUGAGCAUCAUGAACUCGUUCGUGAGCGACAUCUUCGAGCGUAUCGCCGGUGAGGCCUCCCGCCUGGCUCACUACAACAAGCGCUCCACCAUCACCUCCAGGGAGAUCCAGACCGCCGUCCGCCUGCUGCUCCCCGGGGAGCUGGCCAAGCACGCCGUGUCUGAGGGCACCAAGGCCGUGACCAAGUACACCAGCUCCAAGUAAACAGCUCUGCUACAACAACAACCCAACGGCUCUUUUAAGAGCCACCCACUCUCUCUACAAAGACAAUCCUUCCUCUGCUUUGACUAUAAACUAUUUAUUACGAUAUUGACAGGUGCUGCAGUAAUAAAUUUAAUACAAAUGUAAAGUUUAAUAGACAAGUAAAAUUGGCCACAUGCCUUAUUAUACACAGACUCUAGACAAUGAAUGCUUCUCUUUGUAGCUCGCACUUCAAGUUACUUGAAUAAGAGCUCAAUGGAGACCUCUGCUGGUCAAAGUGAAGAAAGGUGCUGUGGUUGAAAAUGUUUCACAACGCAUGAAUCUUCCAUAAAUACAUGAAUGGAUGAAUACAUAAAGAUGUUUCAUUGCAUACUCCAUGAAACUAAAAACAAUAAAGAAACUAUUUUAUUGUG